AUGCAAGCAGCUGUGCGCUUCCGUCCCUUGUUGCGCAAGCCCCUCGCCAUUCGGAUCCGAAUAAGUGCUGUCGCUGGCGGGAGAGCUUCCUUUGCCACCAUGCAGGCCGUCGACGCGCCUCUGACGCAGUCGGCCACAUUCCUCGUGCUCUCCGCGGCACAGCCCAAAGAGUCACUCGAUAGAAUUCGCGAUGCCGUGUCAAGCACCGGCGACCUCAUAAAAAAUGUGUCCAUCCGCCAUCCGGGCGCUCAUCUGAGCUGCACCGUCGGCAUCGGCGCCGCCAUGUGGGAUACCCUCACCAGCCUGCCCCGGCCGCGAGAGCUGCAUCCAUUCCGCGAAAUACGCGGCGCCAAGCACACGGCCGUUGCGACACCGGGCGAUUUCCUGUUCCACAUCCGCGCAGAGCGACGAGACAUCACCUUUGAGUUUGAGAGCCAGCUCAUGGAGCUGCUCGGUGACGCCGUCACCGUCGAGGAUUCCACGGUCGGCUUCCGAUAUUUCGACGCCCGGGAUCUGCUGGGCUUUGUCGACGGCACAGCGAAUCCCGUGGCACCAGAGGUCGCCGACACCGUCUUUGCCACCGCGGCUGACGACCCGGCCGCGGCGGGCGGGAGCUACGUUGUUGUGCAAAAGUACGUGCACGACAUGGCCGCUUGGCGAAGGCUCUCCACGGAGCAGCAAGAGGCCAUCAUAGGGCGCCGCAAGGCGGAUAACGUCGAGCUGCCCGACGCCGAAGACGGUCAGCAGCUGGCGCACAAGACGCUGGCAACCAUUGAAGACGAGCAAGGGAAUGAGCACGACAUUCUGCGAGACAACAUGCCGUUUGGAUCGCCCUCGUCAAAGGAAUACGGCACGUAUUUUAUUGGAUACUCGAAGCAGCUGUGGGUGAUUGAGAGGAUGCUGGAGCGCAUGUUUGUCGGAUCGCCUGCUGGGAUGCACGAUCGCAUCUUGGAUUACUCUAGGCCGCUUACAGGCACCACCUUUUUCAUCCCACCCGCGAGCGUGUUGGAAAAGAUUGGCUCAUGA